UGCGCGCGCCGCUCUCUCAAGUCAUGUGAGGCCUUUUGGAGUUUUGCUUCCGAGCCGCAACCUCCUUGGCUCAGAGUCCGAGGAGAGCCUCCGCGAUGCCGCUUUACGAGGGCCUCGGGAGCGGCGGCGAGAAGACCGCGGUGGUGAUCGACCUGGGCGCGGCCUUCACCAAAUGCGGCUUUGCAGGAGAAACAGGACCAAGAUGUGUUAUUCCUAGUGAAAUAAAGAAACCUGGUGUUUCAAAGCCUAUCAAAGUUGUUCAGUGCAACAUUAACACAGAAGAGUUGUAUUCCUACCUGAAGGAGUUCAUCCACAUGCUUUAUUUCAGACACUUACUGGUAAACCCUCGAGACCGCCGUGUUGUGAUUGUGGAGUCUGUUCUGUGCCCUUCCCAUUUCAGGGAGACCCUCACAAAGGUCCUGUUCAAGUAUUUUGAGGUUCCUUCUGUGCUUUUUGCCCCAAGCCAUCUGAUGUCUCUUCUGACACUUGGGAUUAAUUCAGCUAUGGUCUUGGAUUGUGGCUACACAGAAAGUCUGGUGUUACCUAUUUAUGAAGGAAUUCCAGUUCUGAAUUGCUGGGCAGCUCUUCCGUUGGGAGGAAAAGCCAUACACAAAGAGUUGGAGUACCAGCUACUGGAACAAAGCACCGUGGAUACUGGAGCCACCAAAGGCCAGAGCCUUCCCUCAGUGAUGGGUUCUGUUCCAGAAGACAUUGUAGAAGACAUCAAAGUUCGUACAUGCUUUCUGAGUGAUCUCCAGCGGGGGCUAAAGAUUCAGGCAGCAAAGUUCAAUAUGGAUGGCACUGCUGAGCGUCCAACCCCACCUCCUGAUGUAGACUAUCCACUGGAUGGAGAGAAAAUAUUGCAUGUCAAUGGAGCAAUUAGAGAUUCUGUUGUUGAAAUACUCUUCGAGCAGGAUAAUGAAGAAAAAUCAGUGGCCACUUUAAUUCUGGACUCACUUAUGGAGUGUCCGAUAGAUACCAGAAAACAGUUGGCUGAGAACUUGGUGGUCAUUGGCGGCACUGCUAUGCUGCCAGGAUUCCUGCACAGGUUAAUGGCGGAAAUCAGAUACCUGGUGGAGAAGCCCAAGUACAAGGAAAUACUGGGCUCAAAGACCUUCCGAGUGCACACCCCGCCUGCAAAGCCCAACUGUGUGGCCUGGUUGGGAGGAGCCAUUUUUGGAGCCCUCCAAGACAUCCUUGGCAGUCGUUCGGUAUCAAAAGAAUAUUACAACCAGACAGGUCGCAUCCCUGACUGGUGUUGCCUCAAUAACCCUCCUUUGGAAAUAAUGUUUGAUGUAGGGAAAACACCCCCACCCUUAAUGAAAAGGGCCUUUUCCACUGAGAAGUAGAAUUCUGAGACAAGAGUUUGAUUCACAUUAUGGCACUCCCUUCCUUGCAUCUCUUCCUGAUGUUAAAGGUUGUCUCUCAAACGUGGAAGAUUCAGCUCCACAUGAGUGGUCGCGAUGUUGGCCUUUUCUGUCCCCUUGUGUCAGCUACCCUAACUUUAUAUGAUACCCCUUUGUUGUGCUUAUUUAUUAUGUACAGUCAUUAGAAAGCAAGGUUACAAACCUUCAAUCUUUAUUAUUAUUUAAAGCAUGUAAAACAAACUUUUUAGCACCUGAACUUCCAAAUGGAGCUUCCUCUGCCAAACCCAACUUAAAGUUUUAUUUCACCUUAGUACUCGAUUAAAACAUGGAAAACAAAA